CGCCUUUAAACCACCGGCGUCUCCUCCGCUCACCCUCUUUACUAAUCAAUUGGUCGCCGCAACAAAACACCCCGACCUCGAGAUCUGGCAGGACUCUACUCGGCCUUCGCCACUCUUUUCUUUUCCCCCUUUCGUAUAAACAACACACGAUUACGCAACGGCAGCACGAGCUGCCAGACCCACCUCGCGAGUACGGACGAACCCACCCCGCAUAAUGGACGCGACUCCCGCAAAGAAGGUUGUGGAGCAGCCCAAGCGGCGGGCUUGCGACGAGUGCCGAGGUAGAAAGCUCGCUUGUUCCAAGGAGGUCGAUGGAUGCGCUCGCUGCAAGCGCGAGGGUAUCAAAUGUGUUUAUUCCGCCCAGAAGCGCAUGGGCAGGCCGAGGAAGCAUCGGGCUGCCGAGGGGGCAGAACCGUCGCCUCCAGCCGCCAAAUCAACCGAGUCACCAAAACAGGAGGAGAUACAAUCGAUCAUGGCCCCGAAUUUCGAGUUCGACAGCACUCUCGGCAUGGAUUUGGACCUCUCCUUCCUCGACAUGAACAACAUGGACAUGAACUUCCUCGAGAUAAUCGAUCCCAAUAUUCAGUUCCCGCCCGCUCCUGCUCAGAUUGGUUCGGAUCAAGAGCCAGCCGAAAAUGGGAAACCACUUGGGCAACGCCAGCACCCGGGUUCAUUCUGGCCCAUGAGUAGCAACCUAUCCGACAUCAACUUCGACGAGCCCACCGGCCCCACUGCGACGCCCGCACCCGAGAUCACGGCAGAGGAGGUCAACCAGCUAUUCUCAGGCGAACUCGACACACUGCCCAGCCUCUCCUCGCCCUCAUCGAGCUCACCGAGCACACACGACUCACCUCCCGAGCAAGACAGCGCCAAGUCAUGCGACUGCCUCUCGGCGCUCUACCUGGCCCUCAACUCCCUCCAGAACCUUCCUCAAGACGUCUCCCAAGCCAUGCAUGUGGCUCGCACCGCAACAAAAACAGCCCACGACACCAUCCUCUGCCCAAACUGCAGCAACCCGCCGCUGGAACCAACCGCCAUGCCUCCGAUACAAGCCCUGCAAAGCCUCAUGAUGCUCGGCGCGCUGCUACCCUCCGUCUCUAACGCGUACAUGCGCAUUCUGACCAUGGUCGACGCCGAAUCCGCCGAAGCUGACGCUAACCGGCGCAAGAUCCGGUUCACGCUGACCGCGUACGGCGGGUUGUGGGGGUGGGCGGCUCAGGCUGAACCAACCAAAUGCGGGGCGGCGGAGCGGCUCGAGGGCGCCAUGCUGGAGCCGAUCCUCUGGCGGCUGACGGUGCGCGCGCUCCUCAAGAUGGACGUGUACGGCAUCAACGAGCUGACGCCGGGCGUCGACGACGACGAAAACGCCCGGCAGCCCGGCCUCAAGGAUAUCAUCAACAUGAUGGAGGAGCGCUCGCGGCAGCGCCACGAGCAGAUGGAUGCGAUGGUAGCGGCGGGUCUUGUGCUGAGCUCGAAUUGCCAGCAUGUCUCGCUGUCGUCGGGCGAGAAACCGACAUGUAUGCGGAUUAUCGACAUCGCCAAGAGGUCGAUGGACGAUCUCGUCAUUCCUUGAGGGCCGCCUGGUUACCUCUGGACGAAGACAAAAAUCUUCCUUCCGAGAGACGGAUAACCGGCUCCCCUUCACGUCAGCGAGGGGCGGCGGCCUAGUUAACGACGUCACGAAAACAACCGAAAGGGGAGGGAUAAUUGCCAUACCGCAGGCCCUCAUACUAAAACAAAGUACGAAGCGCCGCGCCGAGGGAAGGAACACUCUCUUGGGGGACUGGAUACCAAAACACCUCACGUAGGAACGAAGGAGACCCCACUAGUACGGUCUUGGUAUGGCACCGCUCGACAUGCUUCUUCAGCAAUGUGAUACCAAGAACAGGCAGAAGUCCUGGGCACGUUCGGUCGUUAUAUC